UAAUCAACAUUGGAGAGAAGCAGCAUUGCAUUGUUAUUACCGAACCAAUUAAACAAGUCGUCUUCUUCUUCUCCUCCCAACACAAGAGUCGAACAACACUCGUUUCCACUCUCUUUGUUGGUGAGGUGUGGCGUGCAAAAUCCAGACCUCAAAGCAUUAAGCAUGGCUGCGGUUUCGAAUUCGCUGGCUUUGACAGGAUCUUCUCUGAAACCAUCACAACAGUAUCUUGGGAGUGUGACCCCGACAAACUUUUCACUGAAUGCAAAGCUUAUUGGGAAAGUUCAACUUUCUAACUCCAAGCGGUCCAUCUCAGUUCAGGCUGCAUAUAGUGAUGGUGGCAGGUCAAACAGUUCAAGCAUCUUUGUCAGUGGCUUUGUAUUGGGAGGACUUAUAGUUGGCACACUGGGUGCUGUGUAUGCACCUCAGAUCAGUAAAGCACUGGCUGGAGCUGACCGAAAGGAUCUGAUGAGAAAAUUGCCCAAGUUCAUAUAUGAUGAAGACAAAGCUCUGGAGAAAACACGAAAAGUACUGGCUGAGAAGAUAGCGCAGCUAAACUCUGCAAUUGAUGAUGUUUCUGGUCAGCUCCGACCAGAGGAUGACCCAGAUGAAGUACCUGUGAACUCGGAAGAAGUUGAAGCUUACCUGUGAACUCGGAAGAAGUUGAAGCCGUCGUAUGAGUCCUCUGAAUUUCGUGUAUUUCAGCGUUUCGAUAUUUUUCUCAAUAAUCAGUGUAGUGUUUCUUUUCUGUGGGAGCUCAUAGUUCUGGUAAUGUAAUUGUACCCGCUGUGAUCCUAAGAUUGCUAAUAUUUGGACAACGCCAAAUAUAGGAUUCUUCUCCUUUUCAAUUGUAUUUUGGUUAGCUUGUAAUUUGUACUGUAAAAAUAAUAUUUGGGAUAAGGCUUUGUUGUUGA